AUGGGUAACAAGGUCACAUAUCGUGUUUGCAUUGCUGGCAUAGCCCUCGCCUUUCUGUUAACACCUUGGGUUGGCUACAAGAAGAUAGGAAACGGCGACGGAGGCAUACCUAGUGGCAAAGGCUGGUUGUGGGUCGAGCUUGGAGUCGUCCUGUUAAUCAAAUCACUCGCCGCUGUAGGCUGCCUGACGAGUUUCCUUCUAUUACUUACAAAUUCCGCGCCCACGCACUCUGUUUUAGGCACUCUGAAUGGAUUAGCACAAACACUUUCAGCAGCUGGUCGUGCUAUUGGCCCUUUCUUGGCGGGAGGACUCUUCUCUCUGACUACGCACGUCGAGCCGAAAGGUGAGGCCGUCGCAUUUGGUGUCUUCGCUGGCGUUGCCUUUCUUGGGUUUCUCCUAAGUUUUGGUAUUCGAGGUCAGACGCUUGAAGCAGAAGGUCUGGACAGACAAGACAGCUAUGACCAUAGUGAUGAUGAAACAUUACGCCACUUUUAG